AGAGAGAGAGAGAGAGGAGAAACAGUGAGGGAGACAGUAGAGAGAGAGGGAGGGAGAGAGAGAGAGAGGAGGAGAAGACAGCGUCGGCGGCGGCUCUGCAGUGGAAUACGCUGUUAUUUGAGGGAAGGUGAGAGCUCUCGGAGUACCGUGCGGAGCGAGAUGUGUUUCAGGACUUGAUCGCAGCAUCACAGAAUAAAGAGCCUGACACAGACAGGUUUGGUUUCCACGGCGCUCGGAGAGAUCACGAUGAGAUGCCUGGAGAGAAGCGUGGGCGCGCUGUCGCACAAGAUGACACGGUUUACUGAAGUGACGCCCCGCUUUGGGAGCUGCAGAGCAGGGCCACGGACGCCCCGAGCCCCCGCCAACAUGACGGAGACACGCAAGAUGUAACUCCUGGGUUCUUUUCACUUCACAAAAAGCCUCGCUCGAAUCCCCAGACAGCACGAGAGAAAAAAAAGGGAGUAACAUCUGUUUAUCUGCAUAUUUCUAUGUUCAAAAAACAACAGGAAAAAACAGAGAGAUCGACAGAGGACAGAAGACAUCUCAGAGGAUGCGGAAUUAGAAAGAACAAAUUGCCGCUGGAGAACCAAAGGGAAAGUGAAGCUUUUCUCGCAGAUCCACCAGAGUGGAGUCACCUCACCUGCACCUUCGGAUUAAAGAGCAGGGUCAUGUCCCAGUUGCCAUGCGCAUCGCCACGCUGACCUGCCUUCCCGGCCCUUCCCCCUUCCUCUUUCUAUUGGCCCAGCUGCUACUGCGGCUCCUCCUCCCUGGGCCGGAGUUGGUGGGAGCCGCCUCCUCCUGCCCCUCCCUCUGCACCUGCUCCAACCAGGCCAGCCGAGUCAUCUGCACCAGGCAGAACCUGGAGCAGGUGCCGGAGAGCAUAUCAGUCAACACGCGAUACCUCAACCUGCAGGAGAACUCAAUACAGGUCAUCAAGUCUGACACCUUCAAGCACUUGAGGCACCUCGAGAUUCUCCAACUCUCCAAGAAUCAGAUCCGUCAGAUUGAAGUUGGAGCAUUCAAUGGCCUCCCCAACCUCAACACACUGGAGCUCUUCGACAACCGCCUCACACUGGUGCCAUCACAUGCCUUUGAGUACCUCAGCAAGCUGCGGGAGCUGUGGCUGCGCAACAACCCCAUUGAGACUUUGCCAGGCUAUGCCUUCCACCGCGUGCCCUCGCUACGUCGCCUGGACCUGGGUGAGCUCAAGAAGUUGGAUUUCAUCUCCGACGCAGCCUUUGUGGGCCUCAUCAAUCUACGGUACCUGAACCUGGGCAUGUGUGGACUGAAGGACAUUCCCAAACUGACAGCCCUUGUGCGUUUGGAAGAGCUGGAGCUGUCAGGAAACCGGCUGGAGAUCAUCCGACCCGGUUCCUUUCAGGGCUUGGUGUCCCUCCGCAAGCUGUGGCUCAUGCACUCACAGGUGUCCGUCAUUGAGCGCAAUGCUUUCGAUGACCUGAAAAACCUGGAAGAGCUCAACCUGUCCCAUAACUCCCUGCACUCUUUGCCCCAUGACCUCUUCACACCCCUUCACCAGCUGGAGAGGGUACACCUCAACCACAACCCCUGGGUCUGCAACUGUGAUGUGCUUUGGCUUAGCUGGUGGUUGAAAGAGACAGUGCCCAGCAACACCACCUGCUGUGCCCGCUGCCACGCUCCCCCAUUCUUAAAGGGCAAGUACAUUGGAGAGCUUGACCAGAGCCACUUCACCUGCUAUGCGCCUGUCAUUGUGGAGCCACCUACAGACCUCAACGUCACUGAAGGUAUGGCUGCUGAGCUGAAGUGUCGCACAAGCACCUCCACGACUUCUGUCAACUGGAUCACCCCUAAUGGCACCCUAAUGACCCAUGGCUCUUACCGGGUGCGGAUAUCUGUCCUGCAUGAUGGCACGCUCAACUUCACGAACGUCACCCUGCGGGACACAGGCCAGUACACCUGCAUGGUCACCAACGCUGCUGGCAAUACCACGGCAACCGCAGUCCUCAAUGUCACUGCUGCUGAUGCUAGUGUUAACUACACCUACUUUACAACAGUCACCGUGGAAACAGUGGAGACUCCAGGAGAUGAAGAUUCUGCACUGAUUUCCAUCAAUGAAACCUUCAUCCGGGUUCAUCCUGGCCCGACUCCCUCGGGCCACUUGUGGCCGGAAGGUGUUUCUACUACAGCCUCCUCUCUGUCAGCCGGCUGGUCCUCCUCCUCUCCUCGAGCCACCCGCCCCACCUUCACUGUGCCCAUCACUGAGCCAGGCUUCUCAGGCCUAGAUGAUGUGAUGAAGACCACCAAGAUCAUCAUUGGCUGCUUCGUAGCCAUUACCUUCAUGGCAGCGGUGAUGCUGGUGGUGUUCUACAAGCUGAGGAAGCAGCACCAGCUGCACAAACACCACGGCCCCGCUCGCGCCAUCGAGAUCAUUAAUGUGGAGGAUGAGCUGGGGGCCGGGGCCAGUGGUCGAGGCAGCGGCAUCUCAGGAGGGUCCACCGUGACGCAGAGCGGCAGCAGUGGAAUAGGAGGGGGCCAGAGCCUCAGGCUGCACCACCCAGAGAUGGUCAACCUGCCGAACCUGGCUCGAUCAGACCACCUCAACCACUACUACAAAACCCAUCACUUCAACAAUAUGAUGAGCCUGGGCAUGGGCACAGGUCCUGGUGUGGGCCUCAACAACAACAACAACCCCUCGCCUUGCUCUCAGUCUCAGAACACAUCCAUAUCCUGUUCCCAGGUUCCAACCUCCACCAGUGGGGGAACACCCACAGGUGGCACCCUGCCCUCCCCUGUGCCCCUGCCCCAGUUGGGCCUGCACAGUUCUCUGAAAGGCCUAAUGGGGAAAGGCCAGAAUGAGCCACUGCUGUUUAAGAGCGGCUCCAAAGAAAAUGUGCAAGAGACUCAAAUCUGAGUAAAAGUGAGAGUGGAAGUAUGAGGUAAGGAGAAAGGGAUGCUAGAUAGAGACAGUGAUACAGAAAGCGCCUGGGAGUGUAUGAGACUGAUUGUAGCCUACUGUCCUCAUGGACAGAUUCCAGAAAAGAUGAAAUUUCACAUAGUCACUGCUUUGUGUUGUCAAUCUGUUGACAGAGAGAAGCAGAUAGGAGGACUGAAGGAGACAGAAUAGGAUAUCUGAUCAGCACUAGUCCCACAAUAGCAUCUGCCCAUACUUUUCAACUAAAUCAGGCACAAACACAUGAUGUAAACCACAUACAUCAGAAUCAUUCAGUUUCCUGUGCAACCUGCUAUAGUCUUUGCCAAAGUCCAAGAUGGAGCCAACUCUUUCCAUUUGCGUCCACAAUCACAAAUAGUGGAAGUGGCUAUGAAUAAUACACAUGUGCAGUGAGCCUGUCUAGGUUUUAUACAGUUUGCGUCGUAUAUUUCCAGACACAUUCAGUGUAUAUAUUUGGAGGGAGACAUAAUAUUGGCCAUUGAACAUGUUGUCAGAUUAGUGUUUGGCAGAGACACUGGAUGACAAACAAUGGUUUGGGUGAGCGGUACGGCUCCAGGUUUUCCAGGAAGCACUAAAACAGAACAGAGGAAGCAAAAUUAGAGCAGCGCAGCGACUCUGUCCAGGACACACACAUCAGACUAGUGCUUUGCAGGGUGACAGAACAACAAUUGUGUUUUUCAGAGUGGUUUCACUCUCACUUUCUCACUUUUUUCCCCCUUUCACACUUUAACUGGCUACUGUCUUCUUUGAAGGAGGAGAGAAACAGAGUGGGUUAUAAUGGGAGAGGAACAAUCCCAUCUCAUAAAGGACAAUGAGAGAUGAAAAAAGGACAGAAAGUACAUAUUAUAUAUACCGUAAAUAUAUUUUCAUUCAAAGAAAUAAAUUAUAAAGAAUCUUUAUCAAGCUUCUGACUGAAAACUACAACGUCUGAUGAAUAUAUAAAAAAAAAACACACACACACACACACACACACACACACACAAACACACACAAACACACACAGCUGUUGUAGUGGCCCUCCCUUACAACUUUUCUCAACUUGGGGCAAGAUGGCCGCUCCAACUGUGCCGCAUGAGGACACAUGAGGGCGAGCGGCGUCCGUUGAGAAAGAGCUGAAACGAAAACCUGGCAAAGGUGAAUUCGAGUGAAUUUAUUUUGGUCUCAACAUUUUUUUUUUUUUUUUGUAGCCACAUGAAAUGUUUUCCCUCUCCUGUCGCUUUCACAUAAAAAGGGUCACUGGAGAAAAGGGGGGGGGGGCAUCUUUAGGCCCCACUGCGAAAAAUAUGAAACACGACCACAGCUCUUCAUCGUUUGGUUUCCAGCUCAGCUGCAGUAUUAAUAAUAACGAUCAAGAUGGUAAUAAUGAUAACACGCUUGAGCUUUGUUUGUCAUAAUGGUCGUUUGAUGAUUAACACGUUAAAUGGUCAGCGAUAUGUUACUGUACAUAUUACUCAAAAGUUGCACAUGCUAAAAACCAAUUCUAGAUUUGAUCAACAUUCGGUUUCAACACAUAGGAUCUGUCACCAUGGUGAUAUGACAUGUUAUUAUGUUAUCAUUAUUAUCAUUCAUACGACUAUUAUUAUUACUACCUGUGCCUACAAAUAGCUGAGAAGUACUUUUUUUUUUCAUUUGUAUAUGACACUGAAGUUGUUUUAUGACUGAUCCUGUUGGACUUCAGCUGAUGAAGGGUGGCGGGAAGGACUCAGCGCGCCACUAAGUGAACUCCACACGCAUCAGCAGGAAAUAACCUGGCCCCCUCAAAAUGGCUCCCUCAGUCCAGCCCCCACUGACUCCGUGCACUCUGAUGUCUCAAGCAGUCAGGACCCCCCCACCCCACCCCACCCCACCCCUCCCCAUGUUAUCACGCAUUAAAGAACAGGACAUGAACCUUUGAUGAAGACUGCUCCUUUGCAGAGGAUUAUUUCACAACUGUAUCUCAGUGUUAUCGUGUGUGAGUGGAUUUCAUGGCAGCAGGGAGCUAAAUGGACGACAGGCAUUGCUGAGCAUUUUUAAAGGUAAGCGAAGCCCGUUCAGUGAAGGAGGAGAUGACAUACAGUAACAGUAUACAGUGGUGGGUGAAUUUUUUUCUAAAGAAAAAGGACAAUUCAAUGAAAAAAUAUAGAACCUUAUAGAUCUCUUUUAAAAAAAAAAACAAAACUAUUACGAUAAGUGUUUUUCAUUUUGGGUUUUUACCUAGUUUGAUUAUUUUCUGUUUUUUUAAAUCAAGUGUUAUCUUUAUUGUAAUAUUGUUAUUGUUAUUAUAAUUAGCUAAUUACACUGGUUAUAAUUAUGAGAGAUGUUCUGUUAGCAGAGGUCACUUUGAAAAUUAAAAAAACCUGGCACAUAAAAUGGCAGUUGAAGUUUGUGAAAUUUGGUGGCUAUUUUUUUUUUUUUUUCUUUUUGUUCUAAUCAACUUUAAUUGUAGUAUCACUCUUUGUAUCCCUUUGGCUCUGCUUGAGAUGAGACAGUGAAUGUGAAGUGGGUCCUUUUUUUCUGCACAGGGGGACAGGAAAGACCCUGCUAUGGUUUACAAGCUCACUCACGCUCGCUCUGUGCUUUCCUGAAUGUCAUCACCAUCACAGUGCUCAGAGUGCGAUUGCGCUAUGUCAACACCUUGUUGCCAUGACUACACGCUCAGACUAAUGCGCCAAACGGCGUCACCAUCGCCGCCUCGUAAGGCACCCUGUUGCCCCUUGUCAGUCACGUUCCAUUGAGGUGCCAUAUCUCGACAAAGUCGGCUAGUGUUCCUUCAGUGGCAGCAAAUCAACCUGAGCAUUGUACCAAUGUCCUCACAUAAAACACACCCCCCCUCCUCCUCC